AAGCAAACUUAACGUUAGAAUCAAAAAAAGCACGCUGAGACAAAGACGCGCACGAAAAUUGAACGGAAAAACGGAAAAGGCAAAGGCGGAUGAAGCAGCGCAAGGGGAGAGGCGUAAGCAGGCGCUAAAAAAUUUUUAAAAUAUAUUUCUUAGAAACUUUGCGCUCAGCUUCCAACUCGCGGAAAAUUUCGAUCUAAUCGGAGAGUGCCUGUGUGUGUUUGUUUAAAAGCCAAGCAACAACAACAACAAAAGCAGCAGAACAACAAAAACCAUAAUCAAAACACCUAACCGAAUCCAGGAUCCACUACAACAACAACAACAACCACUGUCGCGUCUCCAAAUGAAACAAUAAUUGAAUAAUUGAAAUACCCAAUAAAGAAGAAAAUAACGAGUAAAAAGUUUAAGCAAAAGUAAGCCAGUCGAGGAGAUAUUGUAUCCGCACAUCAGCGUUUAAAGUACCAUACAUAGUUGUUCUUAUCUAUACCCACACUCAAUUAAUUGCAGCUGAAUGCACGACUCCUUGCAAAAAGAAGGAUCGAAAUAGAGGUUAAACACAUAUGUGCUUAGGCAUAUAUAGCGACGUUCACGAACUGUCACUGUCACUGAGAGCGAUCGAUAGCUGUAACUCCAUGUGUGUGCAUGAGUCGCAGCAUCAGUAGCGCACCCAAGGACCAAGGACCUCAUCCACAUAGCCCAUCAAUCUCUCAGAUGCCAGUGGCGGAUCCCCCCCGAUAAGGCAUCGCAUCGCAUCGCAUCAAUUGGACAAGGACGAGGACGAGGACGAGGACUAUUAAGGACUACCAAGGACAGUGACUGACGCAUAUCCUGCGCUCGUUUGAUCGUUCGGUCGCUCGCUCGCUCUAUCGCUCUUUCGCUCGCACGCACCAAAAAUAUCCAAAACAGAAAUACCAGAAACAAUACCAAGCAAGCCAGAAACCAAAUAAUACCAAGCUAAACAGACGCCUCAUUACCAAACAUCGAACGUUUCGUUGUCGUUUAACCAAGAUACCAAAAGCGAAUCAAUCCAAUCCAAACCAAUCCAAUUCAAUCAAUCCAAUCGAAAAAGCUAUACUCCAACGAGACAUAGAAACAGAACAGUAAACAGCAACAGUUAACAGUAACAGAUACCCAAAGCAAACGCAAACGCAAACGCAAAAAGCUAAAGCAAUCAUCAGUCAAAGUCGAUAUCCAAAACCAGCAACAUUCAGCUAAAAAUGGCCGAAGACGCUACCAUGGAGACAUGUCCAAGUCCUGAAAUCGGCGACUCACGCAAAAGGCCACUCGAUUCCGAUCCGGAAAAUGAACAAACUAAACGCUCACAUUUCAGUUCCGUUUAAUGAUUGGAAAGCGGCGCGUAGGCUAACAGAGACUCAGUAAAAACAAUUUAAAAAUCUAUAAAAGUAACACAAAUAAGAACGAGUACAAUCGAUUCAAGGCAGAAUCAAUUCCGUCGCAAGCAAACCGAAGACUGAACGGGAACGGCAACAAUUCCAAGCUCCAAGGCGAUACUAUGGAGAGUAUUAUGAAGGCGGCCAUGGACAGGGCGGCCGAGCAGCUGAUGCAGCAGUUCGGCUUUGAUUACCUGCAGCAGCAGCAGCAGCAGCAGCAACAGCAGCAGCAGCAGCAGCAUCUACAGCAGCAACAUGAACAAGAACCUGUAGCAGAAAAUGAACACCUCACAUAUCGAUAUCAGCUAUCAACGCCCACACAUCUGCAGCAACUAGCUUGUAACUAUCAGCCACGACAUUCCACAACAACCACGUCGUCGCCCUCAUCAACACACAGCAACAACAGCAGCAGCAGCAGCAGCGGCAGCGGCAGCAGCAGCAGCAACAUCAGCAACAUUGGCAAUCAUUGCAACGCUGCAUACUCAUUAGCCGCUCAUAGCUAUAAGCAGCCAGAAUACCCGGCUAAUCCCAGUCAUGUUCCGCACCAUCAGAUGGAUCAGUCGCCCCUGAGCGAGAAUGGUUCGCCGAAUGCCACGCCAGGUCUCCAGACGCCGCCAGCAACAUCGGCUGGCACGGCAGCAACACUCGCUGCGGCAACAGCAGCAGCGGCAGCAGCAACAUCGGGCCCCAACUUUAAGACUAACUCCUGCUGGUGUUACGGUGAGUCAGUUUGUUCUGGAAUUGAGGUUGAAAUUGAAAAUAAUAACAAUAAUCAUAUUCAUCAUGGUGAGACAACGUAUCACAUGAAAAUACUGGUGCCCGCGGUGGCCUCCGGGGCCAUCAUCGGCAAAGGUGGCGAGACGAUCGCCUCCCUGCAGAAGGACACGGGUGCUAGGGUUAAGAUGUCCAAGUCCCAUGACUUCUACCCAGGCACCACUGAACGCGUGUGCCUGAUCACCGGCUCCACGGAGGCCAUCAUGGUCGUGCUGGAGUUCAUCAUGGACAAGAUCCGCGAGAAGCCCGACCUGACCAACAAGAUCGUCGACGCCGAGUCCAAACAGACUCAGGAGCGCGACAAGCAGGUCAAGAUCCUGGUGCCCAACUCGACGGCCGGCAUGAUCAUUGGCAAGGGCGGUGCCUUUAUCAAACAGAUCAAGGAGGAGAGCGGCUCCUAUGUCCAGAUCUCGCAGAAACCCAAGGAUGUCUCCCUGCAGGAGCGCUGCAUCACCAUAAUUGGCGACAAGGAGAACAACAAGAACGCCUGCAAGAUGAUCCUCUCGAAGAUCGUCGAGGAUCCCCAGUCGGGCACCUGCCUGAAUGUCUCCUAUGCGGAUGUCAGUGGCCCGGUGGCCAACUUCAAUCCGACCGGCUCCCCGUAUGCCACCAACCAGAAUGCCAUCAACUCGAGCACCGCCUCGCUGAACUCCACGCUGGGCACCACGAUCGGCGGCGCCAACUCGGCGGCCAGCCUGCUAGUCAACGGCACCGGCAUCAAUUUGUCCAUCAACCUGGGCUCACCCAAUCCGGCGCCCAAUCUAGCGGUUGCCACUCAGCUGCUCGAGCAUAUUAAGGUUGCCAUGCGCGGCUCUGGCUACUCGGAGACCGUGACGAAUGAGGUGGUCUCUGCCCUGGGCGUCCUGGCCAAGUACGGCGUCCUCGGAAUGGGCGUGGGUGUGCCGCACACCAACGGCGCCCACUCCACGCUGGGCAACUUCCUCGGGGUGACGACGCUGGACCAGCAGACUGCGGCCGCCGCAUCCGCGGCCACCGCCAGCAAUGUGUUCGGUGCCGUCGGCCAGGUGAAUCUGGAGCAGUAUGCCGCUGCAGCGGCAGCUGCAGCUGCCGCCAGCCGGCCGACGCAGUCGCAACUGGACGCUGCCGCGGUGCAAUUCGAUCCAUUCCGCCAUUUGGGCUCGGCCACGGCGCCGGGCGCCACGCCCGUCUCGCUGAACAACAACAGCUUCGGGCUGACGGCAGCCACGGGAACGGCGACCACGGCGCAGCUGGGCGGACUCAGCAAGAGCCCCACUCCGGGCGACCUCAGCUCCAAGGACUCCAAGAACGUCGAGGUGCCGGAAGUGAUUAUCGGCGCUAUUCUAGGUCCGAACGGUCGUAGUUUAGUUGAAAUUCAACAUGUUUCUGGCGCAAAUGUGCAAAUUUCCAAAAAGGGCAUAUUCGCACCUGGCACUAGAAAUCGCAUUGUAACCAUAACUGGUCAGCCUGGUGCCAUUGCCAAAGCGCAAUAUCUAAUUGAACAGAAAAUCAACGACGAGGAGACAAAGAGGGCGCGACAAAUUCCAUUAACCACUGUUGUGAAUUAAACAAAAAACAUGCAAAUCCGAGUAAAGCAACCAACCAGCAAUCUUAACAGAACAACAAACAAAAGCAGGCAAAAAGCAAAACAACAACAACCAAACUACCCGUACCCCAAAAAAACAAGAAAAUCACAAAACACAAGCAAGUUUUUCCUCUCAAAUUUGUUAAUUUCUUAAAGAUACAAGAGGAUAGUAACUAAAAAGCCAUAAACUAAAAUAUGAAAAGGGAUAAGAUAACAAACAAGGAAACACCAAUUGUUAUGCGAGCAGCUAAGAGUUAAGCAAUUAAAGAAAUAAUAGUAAUAAUUAUGUAUUGCCAGACCCAUACACAUUUUGAGUAAACUGUUCCAAGGCCUUCACCUCAAGAGAUUUGCUUUAAUAUUAUAACAACGCCCCUUAGGAAAGCGAAAAAUUUGUAUAGACACUAUGUACUACCCUUCUCUAAGAUACAUUGUUGCAUUUGUUUGUCACGCUCGAAACUAAAAACCUAAAGAUCGAAAAACAAGUUAUAUUGCCAAUUGCCAAUUGCCAGUUAGACACAAACUAGUUGCGAAAGAGAAGCGAACCGUUUGGGUUUUGUUUGUUUGUGAUGCGUACGUUUGCGUUGCGUGUUUUGUUUUUGUUUUCGGUACUCCCGACCAAGCUAUAAGAUACGAGAUACAUGGGGCAUAUAUACAUAUGUAUAUGUACACAGUUGUUGAGUCUUGUUUAUAUAUAUAUUAUCCACACACAUAAGCCCAUACAUAUAUAUAUAUACAUAUGCCACCGCCCACUUACACACACACACACCCCCGAACAACCCACACACCUAAUUAUUAGCAUUAUGUUGAGCUAAAACGAUGAAACAUGUAUAAUGAGCGAGCGUUUUCAGUGAAAACUUCAGGUGAUUCUUACCCUCGAAAUAAGGUAAAUAUUUUACUACACCCCACGAAAAAAACACUUGCUACUACAACCACAACAGGCUAGUGAAUACAAUUUCAAAGAAAAUACAAAAAGAGUGACUUUGUUGACAUUUUCCGUGAUUUCGUUAAAGUUUUCCGUUUUGAUCUGUUCUCUGUUGUUGCCCCUCUCCAUAAUUGCUUAUCGCUGUUAAUACCUAUCCCUGUUCACCCACGAUUCCGCAGCCCUUUGACCUCUGUAUAUUAAGUGAACACUUUCGGAACGCUACAGUUGAUGUGUUGACCUUGAUCAUGAUAAUGUUGUUUAGUUUUAGAGACGAUCCUGAGUGGGAUCGUCGAGUGGUGUUAAUGUGUUGCGCGCGCACGUGAGUCUCCUUUUGGUUUUGAUUUUGUGCUCCCGAUUUGUUACUCCUUAAUCUUUUGUUUUAUAUAUAUUAUUUAUGAAAAAAACACAUUGCGAUUUGUUAGUUGCCAGUCUGAGAACUGCACCCUUACCUUAUUUUUUUUGUCAUUUUGCGUUUGUUAACCACAUUUCUUUGGUAAAUUAGCACAUUUGUUUCUUACAUUCUAAUUUUAAGUCUUACAUUUUCUCUCACCUAAUGCAUCACAAGUAUCUUAAAGGAAAAUAUGAUAAUAUGAAAACAUUCAAGACCUUAGCAAAAGCCACUUUUCUUUGUAAAAUAUUCAUAUCCAUUUAGGGGUUUCUUCAUACUACGUCAGAGCAAACAAUCCACCAAACAAUUUCCCUUGUUAAUUUUAAGUAUUCUGCAAUUAUUAAACAUUAUUUCAACAAACAUUUCACAACGAUUAUAUGUACAUAUCUAUCUAGAAACGCAGUGUAAAGACAAAAGAGUUGUUAACAUCACAUUUAAAAUUCUUCCUAAUCAUAUACACAUACACACACAAGGACACAAGUACCCAUACGAACACCACUCACCUAUAGAGAGAGAAAUGCCUUACUUGUAAUGAAGUUUUUCUUGUUUACUUUAUUCCUUACACAUAUAAUUUAGUUUAACACUUCUUUUCGACAAAUACGAUACGAAGAUGAAACGAAAUUUAAAUAAAAUUUGAUUACAAAAACAACAAUGAAACCUGCUACGUUUAUUUUCUUGUUUAAUUUGGAGCGCCAAGCGCACCACCACCGCCACCCCAUUACCACCCAUCAAGACACCCACCAGCGCUGCACCACCACUAACCCCCUCGUAUCCCCAAACCAAAUCAGUCUACAACAUUAUCAUGACCAAUCGAAUCAGCUCAAUCAGACAGUCAGCCAGCCAAUCAGUCAAUCAGUCAACCACUUCUUUGCUCAGUUCGAUUUCUAUUUCGACUUCGACUUCGAUUCAAUCACUGAAAACGCUCAUCACCGUAGUGAAACGAUAAAAAGUAACAAACAAAAACCACAACGGCAACCAAUCCUAAGCUAAGUCUAUAUACUUAAGUUAAAAGUUGUUCUUAUUAAUUUUUGCUAUUAUUGUUAAAACUUACCUACAAUUGUUCUUAUUUGUGCAAUAUUUAUAUAAUACGAUUAAAAUACAAAUCAAAUGGAAAACAGAAGAUAAUUAUAACAAAAAACGAAAAACAAAAAGAUCUAUAAGCAAACUAAACUGAAAUAUGGAAAAACAAAAAAGAAAGAUGAGAGUAAAUUUGAAAGUACAGUCGUAAAUGCUAGUGUGCCUUGAAAUAUGCAUUAACAUCCAAAAGAAAACAAAACGAAAACGUAAGGGGAAGGAAUAAGGAGUACGAUGUUGGUGUUUUAUUUAGACCUAUUAUUUUAUGAGUAUCAUAAAGAAAAAUCCAGAGAUCGAUUCGAGAGUACAUACAAUGCAAUAGACCGUCUAGGAACAGCAGAAUUCCACAGUAAGAACUUGAGAGAAGCGUAGCUUAACAAACAACAACAGCCAAAAUCACAACAAGCAUAAAGACACAGAUCCCCCUUCGUCCACCCCACAAAACCAGUCAACCAAUCAAUCAGCCAAUCAGUCAACCAACCAAUCAACCAAUCAACCAACCAAUCCAACUACAAACGAAUAUUUAUUUCGUCUUCUUCGCCUUACUUCAGAACGGGAGAGCCCCCUAAUCAAAAUCAGAAUCAGAAUCGAAGCACUAUAAGGUCGUAUCUAUCACAGACACAGAGCCCCUACAUACCCCCACACACCCACAUGCAUCACCUGCAGAACACACCUGAGACACACCUCUCCCAUACAUUCACACAUUCGUACUAAAUAUCAGUAUCACACGCGCGUGCUCACUGAGUUAUGUUUAAUGUAUGAGUUUUAUAUGAUAUCUAAACAUAGUUGAGGAAGGAAGAAGAAAUAAACACAAAUAUAUAUACUUAUAUUUGUACUGGAUCUGUGAUAUGUAUUAAAAACAAAAAACAACAAAAAGAAAAACAACAAAACAAAGCAAAAGUAUAUUUAUUAAAAGAGGAAGUCAGACGACACUUGAAAUUAAUUAUGAAAUAAUUAAUUUUUUAAUGAGACAACUAAGAGGAAAGAAAAGCUUUACUUGAAAAGCCAGAGAAAUCUCCCCGAAACCGAGUUCUCAAUUCAAUUCAUCGAUGAUGCAUGGACGGUCCGCGAGAGUCACAGUCCCCACCCCAUAAAUGCAUACACUCGUGCGUAUUCAGCGCAACAGGUCUUUGCCGAUUCCAGCUCCGUUUCUCAGAAAUGUCCGAUUGGUGAUCCAAUGCCAUCCGUAUUCGUAUCCGCAUCCGUAACCGUAUCCGCAUCCGUAACCGUUUCCGCAUCCGUAACCGUAUCCGCAUCCGUAUCCCCUUCUCCGAGGCUGGGAGGGCGUGACGAAGGGGGGAAGAUGGGGGGAGAUGGAGAUACUCGGGGCCGUUGAACCGAUCGGAUGAGACCCAGAUCCGAUCCCAUCGGUUCCGGUGGCCCGCGUCCCGCUUUCGACGUGUUUAUGCUUGUUUGGAUUUUAUUGUUUGAAUGCGUUUGUUAUUUGCUGUACAAAUCGAAGCUUCACGCAACCCGCUGGUCCACAUCCACCAAAUCCGCGAAAAAGAACUAUAAAUGGUAUGUGGGUGGCCGUAGCAACCCAGUCUGCCCCGAACCCAAGUUGCACCAUUAGAGAGCCUUCGGCCGCAUGAUUGCUUGUGCUUACCAUUGAAACCAACACAACUGUUACUGCCACUGGCAACCACGAAACCCACUUAUCAGGCACAUUUGUCAUGCAACUCAUCCUCUAUCUCGCCACCCCAAACACCAACUGUCCAACUAUCCAACUAACCAACUUACUAUCCACUGCAAUCAUACGAAACUAGGAAACUUUGGAAGGACGUGCGCAUUAGUUCGGCAGUUUUAUUGAAUUACCUAUAUUGAAGGGCAUCUAUAACAAUAACAAUGGAGGAAUGGAUAGAUGGUAGGGAAGAGAGAGAGUAAUACAGCUGUUAUUUCAACGACGGAGUCUAUUAGUGUUAAAGUAGUAGGCAUAAAGCAACUUUUAUUAACUAUAUACAUACAAUACAUAAAUAUCUAAAGUAAUUCAAAUUCAAAUUCGACUUUGAACAUUUAAAGAGAAAACCCAAAAACCCAAGAAGAACAACAAAUGAAAUCCGUAUGUUGCUAGAAAACAAAUAUGUAAAGAGGAGUUCAAUUUAUCAAUCAAAUCUCGUAUAGUGCAUACAUAUAUUACAUACAUACAUAACUACAUACUUAAAGCGAGAAAGCGAAGUAUCUUUAUUAUAAUUUGUUAUGCUUUGCCACCCACACUGUUAUUAGAACAAUUAAACAUUACGAUGCGAAGGCAUUAUAUUAUAAAUGUACACACCCCCAUAUGCAUAUGUACCGAGGAUCGAGCAGAGAAUGAUAUGUUGGCGGCUUGAUGCGAACCUUGCUGCCACUGACAGGUCGGAAAACUAACUGAAUCAUUAUAUAACCUCAUAUAGCAUUGUAUGUAUAAAUCUAUCGGAUUGGCCGACCGGCCGCGGAGAGGCGUUCAUUCAGCAACCACAACAGAAGCAUACGACAUUAGUAAAAUAUUAAAUACUAUAUAUAUACACGUACACUAAAAGUAUAAAGCGUAGUCGUUAGUGUGAUAAAUAAAAUUAAUAUUAAUUAAUUCGAGCAAAUAAAAGCGGUUUAACGAUUGAAAAAAGAA